UCAAUAACUCUCUGACUUUAAUUCUCUGUAGAUUCCAGUGUGAUCUGUGAGCUUAAGGAUGUAUCCGGAAACAGAAACGAUUGGAUUGUCCUGCAGGAAAUGUAUCUGGGAUGCUGGACGAACUUCACCAGCCUGAACGGGACAAAAGUCCACAUCCUCAAGCUACUGUCCUCAACUGAACAACACUCAAUGUUAGAGCUAAACGUAACUGUGGCAAACCCAUCAGUGGUGAUCAUCACCUCCAGCAGCGAUUACACCAUCCUGCUUCAAGACAAUCCCACAGUGGACAUCUAUAAAACAAAUGGGGCCUUAAUAAAUUUUAUCCUGCCAACUGGAAAACGUCCACAACCUCACAUUGCCCCGUUCACAAACAGCGAUUCUGAGCUUCUGAAAUGGGCAGCAGAGACAUUUGGUGGAGUCACAUCCUUCACCACAGCACGAGAUCCCAAGAUCAUCACUUUCACUGGGAUGAAGGGAACACAGCAAUCCUCAACAUGUGACCUGCAGCCAGAAAUAGCAGCAGAUAAACAGUUAAUUAAGAUGUCUCUGAAAUCUCCAACUGAUGACCUCAAAUCAUGUUACACAAAGCAUUCUGGAGAACCGAUUCACGUCAUCAAUAUUCCUGAUGAUGUCAAAAUAAGGCAUGUUAAUGUGCAUUUGCCAUCCAAGUCCAAAGUGACCCUGAGAGGUCCAGCAAACACUGAGUGGACAAUCCACAACAGUUUCGGCGUCAAAUUACUGUCUAACAAUCUUGUAACCUUAAAUGGGAAGAAGUCGCUUCCGAACCAGACAAUCUCGGAUGAACCUAAAGAAAUCAGGCAGAAGGUGUUUUCUUACUACAAGAGCACCUCCAUCACCAGCUACUCUGAGAUCCAUCUGAACGUGUCACACAUCCAGCUGUGGAUCAGGGACAACAAUAACUUUUCAGUACCUGUAGAAGUGGAGCCCACGACAUCAGCACCGGUUCCUCUUCAGAUGCAGCUGUUCUCGUCUCCAGACUACACGUUUCCUCUAGAUCCCAGCAGAAAAGUUCCGAGUGACAAGAGGAUCUAUGCAGAGAUCUCAAGUCAGAGCUUCGGAGAGAUUCCCUUAAGCAUGAAGGUCAGCAGCUGUCAGGUUAGCUCCAUGCCAGAGGUGAGGGACAUGCCGUUUAAAGAGGAGGCGUGUCACAAUAAGGACUGUCCCAAGAGACUCCGAUUUUCCUUUGAAAUGCUUGGGAACCUGCCUUCCAGCUCAUGGGACCUCAAAUGUGCAGUUCAACUUUGUCAUGAAAGUGGAAAGUUUUGUACAAAGGAAACACAAGUAAAGAGAAACUUCCAGGUCAAGCCAUAUAUCCCAAACAAAAGUGAGUACGAGCUAAUUUCAUCUCAGUGCAGCAAGAAAAAUCAAACUAUAAGUCCAUUUGAAAGUGCACUGCUCAACUGUGUUCAAUUGAUAUAGGGUUGACAAAGGCAG